AUGAAAACAAGAGGGCAGAUCCCCUUCGAUGCCUUCCCUGCUAGUGCGCAGCAGCAGCUCCAAAUGAUCGACAUCAAUGGGGACGGAGCCCUUGACUCCAACGAGAUCCUCGCUGGUGUAGCCGCGCUGAAGAGCGAGAGAGCAAAGUCAAGGCUGUAUUCCAACUUCCUCAUCAUCCUUAGCAUCCUCUCUCUUCUCACUCUGGGGGCAGUGUUUGGUCUGACGUAUGCGGUGGUGGAAAUCACCAAGGAAAGUGAAGUGCAUCCAGGGGGAGUUAUGACGGUGAAGGGAACAAACGAGCCUGUCCGCGUUGCCUCGACGGAAUUCGAGGUCAAAGAUGGCAUUUUGACAUCAAGGACGUCAAUUAACACAUCCUGUACG